AUGGCGCACAGGAUAAACUACUAUAUACUCUCCCUGCUUCUUCUCUUAUUGCCUCAAACUUUUGUGCUAGGCAAUCUCAUACCAAGAAAGACAGGUCCUCGCAUAAGCACCACAGUGACCUUGGAUUAUGGUACAUUUAAGGGCAGGCACAAUAAGACCAGUGGGAUAUUUUCGUUUCGAGGCAUAAAGUUUGCAGAUCCUCCAACCGGGGAUAUGCGAUGGACCGCCCCUGUUUCUCCUCCUUCCCAAAACCUGGGCAAUGUUAAUGCUACUAAGUUUGGUCUCUCAUGCGUUCGAACAAAUCAAAUUCUUGUGAAGAACGAGACGUCCGAGGAUUGCCUAUUUGCGAAUAUCUUCGUGCCUAACAAUACACAUGUCAACGAUAAGCUCCCAGUACUAGUAUGGUUCCAUGGUGGGGGAUUCCAGAUUGGCACUACACAUGAGUUCCAUCCAGAUUUACUCAUGGCAUCAAGCUCCCAACCAUUCAUUUUUGCGUCAUUUGAAUACCGACUUGGCCAGUUUGGCUUCUUAGGAGGAUCUGAAAUCGCCGAAAGUGGGGCAAUAAACGCUGGAUUUUUGGACCAGAGGGCAGCUCUUAAAUGGGUCCAAAGAUACAUUGGUCAAUUUGGAGGGGACAGCGGCCACGUCACAAUCUGGGGACAAUCAGCAGGAGCUGGUUCAAUAAUGUACCAUCUCAUGGCAAACAAUGGAGACACCGAAGGCCUCUUUCAUGCAGCAAUAAUGGAUAGUCCUCCUCUUGUCUAUACCCCGGCAUUCAACGAUGACUACGACGAAGGCAUCUUUCAGCAAUUUGCAGAGCUAGCAGGAUGCGGAAACGGGACGACUGCUGCGAAGGACGGACAGCUGAACUGUCUUCGUAAACUCACUAGCACCAAGUUGGCAAAGGCCGGAAGCAGUUUGCUGGCUGCCCGGCCAGAUACCCUAUUCCUUUUCGCCCCCGUUGUCGAUAACAUCCUUAUUAAGGAAAGACCAGUUGAAGCCUACAAGGCUGGUCGAUUUGCCCAUGUUCCCGUCAUUGCAGGCUCAAAUACAGACGAAGGCGCUCAUUGGUCUUCCACUGUUCCGGAUCCUGCGGCCAAUACAUCUUUCCCGAACGCAACAGAAACCACUGUCUUUAAUUUCCUAGUCGGACAGUAUCCUAGUCUGACUAGUGAAACGAUCACAACCACAGGAUUUUCUCUUUAUCCUUUGGAAAGCUUCGGUGGCAACGUCAGUCUGCAGGGUCAGCAGAUGUACGGCGAGGCUAGAUAUAUUUGCAGCGCUUUGAUGUCGACUCCUGCCGUUCCGGCCUUUGGGAACUCUGCAUACCAAUAUCGCUACGAUAAUCCUCAUCUAGGUUCCCAUCAUAAGGAUGAACUUCAAGCGUACUUUAGCCCUUCUUUAGAUGCAGACGAUGAUGAUUUAGCACUCUUCGAGACCAUGAGAGAAUAUAUAACAUCGUUUGUGACUACAGGCAAGCCAGUGUCAAAAUCUGGGCCGGAAUGGAAGCCGGUAGGCAGCGAUUCUGGACUGUCUCGCAUCGUAUUCAACCCCCAAAAUUCUGCGAUGGAAGAAGUUGACAACGCGCUUACGACUCGAUGUGAUUUCUGGCAUGGGAUAACUGACGAAGUUUUGACCUAG